AUGAAGCAAGUGUACGGCAAAGAAGCUUUGGGACACAGUGCCCUGUUUAAGUGGCACCAACGUUUUGGGCAGGAGAGAUACAGUUUGGAGGAUGAUGAGCCUAGUGGUCGGCCAAAAGCGGUCACAACUGAACGCAAGUUCGAAGAAGUUGCAACGUUGAUACGCGCCAACCGCUCCCAAUCGAUAGAUGAUAUCGCAGCAGCAGCAGGUAUAAGCCAUGGAACGCAUCCCCGCAUAAAACGCUACAGCAAUGUGUUCCUCCGAAAUUUACGGCGUCACAAAUAUGGAAGUCAUGCUCUUCAUAGUCAGCCCCAUGAGAAGCGCGAACCUAAGAUCCAGGACCUCACCUGA